GUCAGACGGGGCCGGAGCGCAGGAGGAAGACGCAGGUGAGGCAGGAUCCAGGGACUUUUGCUGUGCUGGGGAAACUGGUUCCCCGAGUCCUGACGAUGAAGCCCCUGCUGCUGUUGCUCCCCUUCUUGGCACAGGCCUACCUCUCCUUCGUGGUCCCAGAGAAAGAGAAGGACCCUAAGUUCUGGAGGCUCCAGGCCCAGGAGACACUGAAGAGAGCGCUGACCCUUCAAAAGCUGAACACCAACGUGGCCAAGAACGUCAUCCUCUUCCUUGGAGACGGGAUGGGCAUCUCCACGGUGACGGCCGCUCGCAUCCUGAAGGGACAGCUGCAGCAACGAACUGGGGAAGAAACCCUAUUGGAAAUGGACCGCUUUCCGUUUGUGGCCCUGUCUAAGACCUACAACACCAAUGCGCAGGUGCCGGACAGUGCGGGCACCGCCACCGCUUUCUUAUGUGGUGUGAAGGCCAACGAAGGCACCGUGGGAGUCAGCGCAGCCGUGACACGGUCCCAGUGCAACACGACAGCCGGCAACGAAGUGACCUCCAUACUCAAGUGGGCGAAAGCAGCAGGCAAAUCUGUGGGCAUUGUCACCACCACCCGUGUCAACCACGCCACACCGAGUGCUGCAUACGCGCACUCGGCCGACCGGGACUGGUAUUCGGACAACGAGAUGCCCCCUGAAGCGCUUCAGCAAGGAUGCAAAGACAUUGCUCACCAGCUGUUUGAAAACAUCCCGGACAUCGAGGUCAUCAUGGGAGGAGGCCGGAAAUACAUGUUCCCCAAGAACACGAGCGAUGUGGAGUACCCGGAGGAGGAGAAGUACAAGGGGACCCGGCUGGACAACAGGAAUCUGGUCCAAGAGUGGCAGGACGCCAAGCCCAAAGACAAGAACGCCCUCUAUCUAUGGAACCGGGCAGGGCUGAUGGAGCUGAACCCAGCGAAAGUCGACUAUCUUUUGGGUCUCUUCGAGCCCAUCGACAUGACGUAUGAGCUGAACAGGAACAACCAAACCGACCCUUCCUUGACCGAAAUGGUGACGGUGGCGAUCCGAAUUCUCCAGAAGAACCCCCACGGAUUCUUCCUCCUGGUCGAGGGUGGCAGGAUUGACCACGGGCACCAUGAAGGGAAGGCCAAGCAGGCCCUGCACGAGGUGGUGGAGAUGGACCGGGCCAUUGGCGAGGCUGGCAUCCUGACCUCUUCCGAAGACACCCUGACGGUGGUGACCGCAGACCACUCCCACGUGUUCACUUUUGGGGGCUACACAACCCGUGGCAACUCCAUUUUCGGGCUGGCCCCGAUGCAGAGCGACAUGGACAAGAAGCCGUUCACUUCCAUCCUGUACGGGAACGGUCCCGGGUACAAAGUGAUAGCGGGAGAGAGAGAGAACAUCACUGCGGUCAAUUUCACCGAUGCCAACUACCAAGCACAGUCAGCCGUGCCGCUGCGCAUGGAAACGCACGGAGGCGAGGACGUAGCCGUCUUCGCCAAGGGCCCCAUGGCUCACCUCCUCCACGGGGUCCACGAGCAGAACUACAUCCCGCACGUGAUGGCCUACGCCGCCUGCAUCGGUGAGAACCCGGCGCACUGCCACUCGGGCACGCCAGGCAGCCGGUCCGGAUCCGUCCCUCUGAUUUCGGCCAUCUUCUCCGUCCUCCUUCUCCGAGUUUUGUUCUAAAGGCUCAGUUCUUCAGACUUUACGGGUUGAGGUUUUUGGGGGGGGGGGCUUUUUUUGUGUUGUUUUGUGCCUGUUUUGAGGUUUUCAGCCUCAAACUUCCCUCGAGGGGUUUCUGGCUUCGUGGAGGGGAAACCACAUUGGACGGCUCGGCCUCUUACUCCUCAAGGAACUGCUGUGUUCUGGAACAGAACGGCCCAUGGAUUCUGGAUUGGUGCCGAUCGGAGCAGCUGAAAAAGCACCACCACCCCUCUUAAAGAGAAGGGUUUGUUCCAUUGGACCAGGAACUCAACAGGCAAUCCACCUCUGUCCACAUCGGCCGCGUCUUAAUUUGAGCCCGAAAUAAUUUCCAAGCAGCUUCCGAGUGCUUCCUCCAAGCCCCCCAAGGGAGGAAGUCACAGGACACCCCAGGCAGGGGUGAUUCAGGGUACGAAGCCCAUAAAUUUCCAAAACUCAUAAAACCUCCAUGUCUCCACCCCAUCGAGUCCAAGUUUUUCUGCUGCCAACAGUUGGAACAGGAUGUCCCUUCAUAUCAAUUUCAAAGUCUUGAAAACAUGUCACCCUUUUCAUUCCCUCUGCACACCCCACAUCCCAUCGCUAAGAAUUGUGACUUAAGCAAAUGAAAGUCUGGAAAACAGAGAACUCUGCCGCAAGGGAAGGGAUUAAAUGAAGCCAGGAGCUGGCAAUGGGUGCCACCGUAAUAAGCCAGGGUAGGUAGGCACCGACGUGAACGCUGCCCCUGUGGCGCACUGUGGUUUGUAAAGGCCUUGGCUUGCGGAUUAGCCCAAUGUACAAACCCAGUUACUGUACGCAGCUUAUUCAACAAACACCAGUUAAAGGUAAAAAUUUGACUUAGCUUGAGAGUUAAGCAAAAAUUUGGCUUAGCUUGAGAGGUAGACAGCAAACUCUAUCCUGGGGUUGCGUGGGAGGGGGACUGCUUAUAAGGGCUGCAGGUGUAAAUCACUACAGUGUGGGGCAGGGGUCUGCAACCUCAAACACUCAACAGAGCCAUUUGGAUCCGU